AUGCCACCUCGUAAAAGUCGCAGCCAGAAAGGCAAGCAGAAAGCAGACGAGGAGGAGCCCUGGGUAGAUCCUCCUUAUGUAGCCUGGAUGAAAGAGCAGGAAGCACAAGGAGCUUCCCGUCCACGCAUCAAGAACCUGGCUGCUGACGGCCCUGGGUCAACAUCCCAGUACAUCGCGCACGACGAAGAUGGCCCCGCAGAAAAUGUCGAUGCGGAUACGGAUGUGGACUCCGAGGAUCUCGACGAAAUACUGUCAUCGAGCGAGAGUGAGACGGAUUCGGACAACUCUGACGAUGACGAAAGCGAAAACGGGGAUGACGACAGACGCGACCCGUCCGACCGGAAAAAGGGUGGGCGAAAGCGCCGUAGAGGCAAGAAGGCGGUGAACAAGGCAAGAAACUACAAUACUGAGUGGUCGAAGGAGGAGUUGGUUGAAUUGGCAGCUGCAAUGUGGAAUACCCGCGACGAUAUCAAGGCCACGCAAGGGAAACAGGGGUCACAGUACUGGAGAAAACUACGGAAACACAUGAAGGAGGCGAACGAGGACUGGGAUCGUGAGAGCGAGGCCAUGAAGCAUGCUUGGAAGCGCAUCAUGGCGAUGUACCGCAAGCUUGCGCGUGCGGACAUGGGAUCCGGCAACAAGGCCACGCAGAAACCGAAAUGGUGGGGUUACGUCCAAAAUCUGAAGCAUGGUACGGCUGCCGUGCGCCCGCAUGUGACGGAUGGCGGAGGCGCGGGAGAGACUCACGUGGACCCGAACGCGUACAUUCCCGGCCCUCAGGCCGGCCACGCCGGCCCAUCUGCUGCUGGUCCAAGCCGAUCCGGCCAAGGCACACCGGUUCCCCUGGCUGAAGGAUCUGGUGCGGGCACUCCGGGAAGGACUCCAAGGCGCCGCGUCGAUGAAACCGCAACCAUGGGCGGUGCGCGUCUAAUCUCAGAUACCAUCGUCGCCUGCACUAAAGAAGGCCUGCAGCAGUUAAACCAGAUGGCUCAAUAUGUAGUAGCGGCAAUGACGUUGGCGGCACACGUGGUACCACCGCCUUCGGCUGCUGCCCGUCCUGAUACUGCACCCGCCCAUCCCCAGCAACCAGAGCGCGACUCGGCGGGCGAGGCAAGAGGCACGGCGCGCACUCUGUUCGCCGUGCCAGGGCAGCCGAGUGACACCCCGCGAGCGCCACCUACGCAGCCAGAGUAG